GUCAUGCAGCCUUUACCCAUAGCAAUCCUCCAAGGUCUUACCGAAGAGAACAGAAUAUAUAUUUCUCGGCUACUUCAACACGGCUUCGCCUCACCAGAUCUGUCACCUCAUCCAAUUAAUCGCCGUGCUUCGGUUCUGGCACUAAUAUACGAGCAAGAAGGCACUUUGAGAGUGCUAUUGACCACUCGGUCAAAGCAGCUUCGGACACAUGCAGGUCAAACCGCCUUGCCAGGUGGAAGAGUAGACGCUGUGGAUAGAGAUGUUGUUGAAGCAGCAUUCCGCGAAGCCAAUGAAGAAGUAGCCCUUCCCCUCAACUGCCCCUCAAUUUACACCCUUUGUGUUCUGGAGCCCUUUUUUUCGCUACACAUGCUUGUCGUCACUCCUGUCAUUGCACUACUCACGGAUAACAGCGUCUUGGAUAAGCUAAAAGCGUCAGAAGAUGAAGUUUCGCGCAUAUUUAGUCACCCUUUGAAGGCGUUUUUGGAUCCAUCUGUGGUCAAGUACGAUGCCCUAGCACCGCCAGGAUCGCAAGACUGGAUCUAUGAACCUGAGCUUCAUCACACAAGUGAUAGUGCACAUGGAAAGCUUAAGGUGUAUCGAAAUCAUCGGUUUCGUAGCGUUGGCUCGCCCAUCAAAGGAUUAACGUCAGAUAUUCUGAUCAAGGUGGCGGAAAUCGCAUACGAGCAGACACCACAGUACGAACGCUAUGCACCUGGCCAAAUCUACGGCUACGACGCCUUGGCAAAAUUCGUGGAAACAGUGGCAUCAUAAUGAACACUGAUGUUGAUUUGGGAGGAUUUAGGGUAGAAUUUAAGGGUACGAUGGCCUACUAGAUGGUUUUACAGUUAU